AUGGACGGGCGGCACCAUGCGCCUCAAGCUUCCAACCAUCGCAACAAUUUGGUUGACCUUGAAAACUCGCAACCCGUCUACAAUUCAGGACAGCGGCCGCCUGUCGAUGAUUCUCAACUUUUACGUCAAUAUAACAUUGAUACUUCCGACGAACCUCCGCCGAGACCGUCAACCAGUUACGAUGACUUCGUCGGCGGAGGAAGAGGUGCAUACGGUCCUGGUGACGCGCAACCGGUGGCGUCUUCCCAUCGACCUUUCACGGCCCCUUAUAUGGACGAUGGCACGCGAAACUACUCGCAGACCUCCGACCUAAAUAACUACGCAACGUAUGGGGAUGGCGAGGAAUACGGUGAAGACGAGUCUGGAUACAAAUACUAUGAUGGCGCCGGCCCCUCAGACGAACACAUCCCUGGCGGAGGAGUCAAAGUGGUCGGACGACAUCAUGGACGGAAUCGGAGUAGUCUCAUGUCCAUGUCUGGUGUUAUGGACCGAGCAAAGGGAAUGCUGGGCAUGCGAGACAGUAAUUAUUCCGACAUGAACCUCCCUUUGACCGAGGCUGGCAUGCAGAAUUCCAGAGUUGACACCGUUGGAACCGAAGAUACCCCCCCGCCGCGGGAGAAGAGAAGCUUAGGUUUCGACGAGGUCAAGGCAAUGUUUAUGAGGAAGAGGGUCGACCCAUCAACGCUCGGACCCCGAAUCAUACAUCUCAACAACCACACGGUGAAUGCGGCGAACAAAUGGGUCGACAACCACAUUUCCACCGCCAAAUACAAUGUGGCCACCUUCCUCCCGAAAUUUUUAUUCGAACAGUUCUCAAAAUACGCCAACUUAUUCUUCUUGUUCACGGCCAUCCUGCAGCAAGUCCCGAACGUCUCUCCCACCAAUCGGUAUACCACCAUUGUUCCUUUGAUGCUGGUGCUCUUGGUGUCGGCCAUAAAGGAACUGGUAGAAGAUUAUAAACGCAAAGCGGCCGACAAAGCGCUGAACGACUCGAAAGCACGAGUUCUCAAGGGUUCUAACUUUGUGGAUACGAAAUGGAUCAAUGUGGCUGUCGGGGACAUUGUCCGAGUCGAAUCCGAAGAGCCGUUCCCGGCCGAUAUAGUCCUGUUGGCAAGCUCCGAGCCCGAAGGAUUAUGCUAUAUCGAGACCGCCAACCUUGACGGCGAAACGAACCUGAAAAUCAAACAGGCUAUUCCGGAAACGGCUCAUCUGGUGAGCCCUGCAGAUUUAGGCAGACUUGCCGGCCGUGUUCGGUCGGAACAGCCCAAUAGCAGUCUCUACACAUACGAGGCAACUUUGACCAUGGCCGGUGGCGGCGGAGAGAAAGAGCUUCCCCUGAACCCGGAUCAAUUGCUCCUGCGUGGAGCCACACUACGAAAUACUCCUUGGGUGCAUGGAGUGGUGGUUUUCACGGGCCACGAAACCAAACUGAUGAGAAAUGCCACGGCGACGCCAAUCAAACGGACCGACGUCGAACGGAUGCUCAACAAGCAAAUUCUCAUGCUGGUCGCUAUCCUUCUGGUCCUCAGCACAAUCAGCACGAUCGGUGACAUAAUUGUGCGAUCGACGGCCGGCGAAAAGCUGACAUAUCUGUAUUACGACGGCUUCAACGCUGCCUCACAGUUCUUCUUGGACCUUUGCACCUACUGGGUUCUUUUCUCCAAUCUGGUUCCCCUCUCGCUUUUCGUCACCAUCGAACUGGUGAAAUAUUAUCAAGCGUUUCUCAUCAACAGUGAUCUGGAUAUCUACUACCCCGACACCGACACAUCUGCGGUCUGUCGAACUUCGUCACUUGUGGAAGAGUUGGGCCAGAUAGAGUACAUCUUCUCGGACAAGACCGGAACCUUGACUUGCAACGUGAUGGAAUUCAGACAAUGCUCUGUUAGCGGCAUCCAAUAUGCCGGUGUAGUGCCGGAAGACAGAAAGGCCAGUGGUCCCGAGGAUAUGGGAGGAAUCCAUGAUUUCAGACAACUGAUGGAGAACUUGAAGAGCCAUCAGAGCGGUUCGGCCAUUCACCAAUUUCUCUGCCUCCUCGCUGUCUGCCACACCGUCAUUCCUGAGCGCAAGGAUGAAAAAUCAGAGAUCAAAUAUCAAGCGGCCUCUCCCGAUGAAGGGGCUUUGGUAGAAGGAGCUGCAAUGCUUGGAUAUAAGUUCGUGGCUCGAAAACCACGCGCCGUCAUUGUUCAAAUUGACGGCCGGGACAUGGAGUAUGAGCUCCUCGCCGUGUGCGAAUUCAACUCGACCCGAAAGCGUAUGUCAACAAUCUUUCGAUGUCCCGACGGGAAAAUUCGGAUAUAUUGCAAAGGUGCAGAUACUGUGAUCCUGGAACGAUUGGCCAAAGAAAACCCCAUCGUGGAUGUGACCCUGCAACAUCUGGAAGACUACGCCACAGAGGGUUUACGGACACUUUGUCUAGCCAUGCGAGAGGUUCCAGAGGAAGAAUUCCAGGAGUGGCGGCAGAUUUUUGAGAAAGCGGCCACAACCAUUGGUGGAACCCGUGCUGAAGAACUUGACAAAGCAGCAGAAAUCAUCGAGCAUGAUUUCUUCUUACUGGGAGCCACCGCCAUCGAAGAUCGUCUGCAAGAUGGAGUGCCAGACACUAUCCAUACGCUACAAACGGCAGGAAUCAAAGUGUGGGUUCUCACCGGCGACAGACAAGAGACGGCCAUCAACAUCGGCAUGAGCUGCAAACUGAUCAGUGAAGACAUGACUCUACUGAUCAUUAACGAGGAAAAUGCCACAGCAACGAGGGACAGUUUACAGAAAAAGCUGGACGCUGUACGAAAUCAAGCCGCGUCUGGCGAAAACGACACCCUCGCCCUCAUCAUCGACGGAAAAUCUCUGCUCUUUGCUUUGGAGAAAGAUAUGGAAAAAUUGUUCCUCGACUUGGCCGUCAUGUGCAAAGCUGUCAUCUGCUGCAGAGUAUCGCCAUUACAGAAAGCGCUCGUCGUGAAGCUCGUGAAACGUCAUUUGAAAGCGUUACUUUUGGCGAUUGGAGAUGGUGCCAACGACGUUUCGAUGAUCCAGGCCGCUCACGUCGGUGUCGGUAUCAGUGGCGUUGAAGGCCUUCAGGCCGCUCGAAGUGCCGAUGUGGCCAUUGGACAAUUCCGAUAUCUCAGAAAAUUGCUCCUUGUCCAUGGCGCAUGGAGUUACCAACGAAUCAGCAAAGUCAUUUUGUACUCUUUCUACAAAAACAUUGCCAUGUUUAUGACACAAUUUUGGUACUCAUUCCAAAACGCCUUCUCGGGUCAAGUCAUUUACGAAUCUUGGACUCUAUCCUUCUACAACGUCAUCUUCACGGUUCUCCCCCCAUUCGCAAUGGGUAUUUUCGAUCAAUUCAUCUCCGCUCGACUCCUGGAUCGCUAUCCGCAAUUGUAUCAAAUGACCCAGGAUGGCCUCUUCUUCCGCAUGCACUCAUUCUGGUCCUGGGUUGCCAACGGCUUCUAUCACUCCAUCCUCGCCUACAUCUUUUCAUCGUACUUCUUUUACGAAGACCUGAUCCUCACCAACGGCAAAAUUGGUGGGCACUGGUUGUGGGGUACCUCAACAUACACAGCUAUUUUGUUGGUCGUACUGGGCAAGGCAGCAUUGAUUACCAACGUGUGGACGAAGUACACCGUCAUCGCAAUUCCGGGUUCCUUCAUCAUCUGGCUCGCGUUCAUUCCCGCCUACUCAUACGCCGCGCCGAAUAUCGGAUCGGGCUUCUCAACCGAACUUGACGGUAUCAUCCCUGUCAUGUUUACCACUCCCGCCUUCUACCUUCUAUGUCUCAUUCUCCCGCCGGCCUGUCUUCUGCGGGACUUUGCCUGGAAAUACAUCAAGCGCGUGUACUUUCCCCAGGACUACCAUCAUGUCCAGGAGAUUCAGAAAUAUAACAUCCAAGACUACCGUCCGCGAAUGGAACAGUUUCAGAAAGCAGUCCGCAAGGUGCGGCAAGUCCAACGAAUGCGUAAGCAGAGAGGUUAUGCUUUCUCUGCGGGUGAUGAAGGUGGACAACAAAUGCGGGUUCUCAACGCAUAUGAUACGACGAGAGAACGUGGUCGGUAUGGUGAAAUGAUGAGCGUCAGGGAUUCGGUUGGUUGA